CUAGAAUUAGUUCCUUCGAUUAUGAGUAACUUGUUGAAUCCAGAUGCCAUCUUCUCAAACAAUGAGAUGAGCCUGUCGGACAUUGAAAUCUACGGCUUUGAUUAUGAUUACACCUUGGUGUUUUAUUCAAAGCACCUCCACACACUGAUAUUUAAUGCUGCUCGGGACCUUCUCAUCAACGAACACCGGUAUCCCGUGCAAAUCAGGAAGUAUGAGUACGACCCAAACUUUGCAAUUCGUGGACUUCAUUACGACGUGCAGCGGGCGGUGUUGAUGAAGAUCGAUGCUUUUCAUUACAUCCAGCUAGGAACUGUUUACAGAGGCCUGAGUGUGGUCCCCGAUGAAGAAGUCAUUGAGAUGUACGAGGGCUCCCACGUGCCUCUGGAGCAGAUGAGCGACUUCUACGGAAAGAGUUCUCAUGGGAAUACCAUGAAGCAGUUCAUGGACAUCUUCUCCCUGCCCGAGAUGACACUGCUGUCCUGUGUGAACGAGUACUUUCUCAAGAACAACAUUGACUACGAGCCUGUUCACCUGUACAAAGAUGUCAAGGAUGCAAUUCGGGACGUGCACAUCAAAGGAAUCAUGUACAGGGCAAUCGAAGCAGACAUUGAUAAGUAUGUCUGCUACGCCGAGCAGACCCGCGCGGUGUUGGCCAAGCUGGCUGAUCACGGCAAGAAGAUGUUUCUCAUCACCAAUAGCCCCAGCAGCUUUGUGGACAAAGGGAUGAGGUAUAUUGUCGGAAAAGACUGGAGGGACCUGUUUGAUGUGGUCAUUGUUCAGGCCGAGAAGCCAAACUUCUUUAAUGAUAAGCGGAGACCUUUCCGAAAGGUGAAUGAGAAAGGCGUCUUACUCUGGGAUAAAAUCCACAAGUUGCAGAAAGGCCAGAUUUACAAACAGGGCAAUUUAUAUGAAUUUUUGAAGCUUACUGGAUGGAGGGGAUCUAAAGUCUUGUAUUUUGGUGACCAUAUAUACAGUGACCUGGCGGACUUGACUCUGAAGCAUGGCUGGCGAACUGGUGCAAUCAUCCCAGAAUUAAGAUCUGAGCUCAAAAUCAUGAACACAGAGCAGUAUGUUCAAACUAUGACCUGGCUGCAAACCCUGACCGGGUUAUUGGAGCAGAUGCAGGUUCACAGAGAUGCGGAGUCCCAGCUGGUUUUGCAGGAGUGGAAAAAGGAGAGGAAGGAGAUGAGAGAAAUGACCAAAGGCUUCUUCAAUGCCCAGUUUGGAAGCUUGUUCCGCACAGACCAGAACCCAACGUACUUCCUGAGACGCCUGUCGCGAUUUGCUGACAUCUACAUGGCGUCCCUGAGCUGCCUCCUCAACUAUGAUGUCAGCCACACGUUCUACCCCCGGAGGACCCCGCUGCAGCACGAGCUCCCCGCCUGGGCCGCCCAGCCCCCCUUCUCCAGGCUCCCCCUCCUGCAGGAGGCCCAGGCUAAGUAGCCAGGGGCCCGCCCCGGCCCAGAAAGAAACAAGGCUGGAACCAGCGAUGGCCCUGCACUGGGCAGACUUGGCAUGGAUCUGAGUGAGUGUCCCUCUCGGAAACCAUAAGGUAUGCCUUGUGAUGUUUCUUUUAUACAUUAUGGACAGUACCCCCACUCGUGAAGAUGGAAGCUCGUAGCUCUUGGGGCUGCCCUCCUGGACAUGUGGGGACGGCAGCUGGCUUCCUGUUGACCCUCGGAGAUCGGCCUUGUUUACCGAGGUCCUGUAACCCGUGCCAGCCUUCCUGGGAGCGGGGCUUCUCCAUGCCCCCUCUGUAUUCCAGCAGGUGAUGUUGUGAAACUCCUCUUGACUCUUGCACCAAGAAUGCACCGGACGCUCACAGGCGGUGCCGGGGUGAACUGCUGGCGGAAUGCUGGGGAUCCGUGAGCCCCGCGGUGGCACACACGGCAGUCAGCGGCAGGGACGGGCCCUGGACAGCAGCCGCUCCCUGAAUCGCUUGGUUCCACGGCUUCAGUGCUCUGGUGCAUCACCUGAAAGCAGACUCGGCCUCCCUGGAAGCCUGGUGUGAGAAAGAAUGAGAGAAGUCGCAAGUCCUUGGCCUUGGUUGUCCUCCGCACCCGUUUCCUGUGUCCUGCCCUGUGCGGGGGAGGGACAAAUGGUGCCCCAAGUGGCGAGCAGUCUCUCAUUUUCCCAGAAGAGAAGGGUGAGGAGAAAAGAGCUUCUGGUUAAAUUUCCAGACAACAGAACAGGUUGGUUGAAUAAGGCAGCGAGAAACAAACAGGUGAGAAUAGCCAGUGCAUCUGCAGUGGAUCUCCCGGGCGCCCAUUACACCUGAACCCCCACUCCCCCAAGUGUUGGUUGAAUGUGCUUACUGGAGAAAAAUGAAACCAGAAAAUGUCCUCGUACAGAGGCGCCAUGCCGUGACCCCCACCGGGUGUGUUGCAGUCUCGUCGCGAACGUGUGCAUUUCCAGAAGCCGUCCUUGUCUGGAGGGCAGUGAGCAGGUGCCUGUCUCUGUCCUGACUGGUCAGCCGAGGAAAGGGGCUUGAAUCCAGCAGGAGGGGAGGGAGGUGGCCUCACUGCUUACCAUCUCCCACCCCCUUCUCCCCUUAGACUGCUUUCCUGCCAUGUUUGUGUGGCUUUUUGGGAGUUUGGGUGGUUUUCUUUAGGUGUCUGUGUUUAAUGUGGGAGAGGAUCAAGACCAUUGAAGCUAAGAGAAACGGUUGGCAAUGACCUAGCUACUGAAUGUUCUCAUUUCUUUCCGAGGACAAGGCAAGUAACAUGCAUCCUUAAACCGAAGGGAUGCUGGGACAGGAGGGGCUUGUGGAGAGAGUACUUGCUUAUUCAGUAUUUUUAAUUUUUUCAUGUAUGGGAGCCAGCUGUUGAUGAGAUGCUGGCUUGGCCUUCCACAGGCUGCCUGCCUGGAUGCAGAAAUUAGAUGGGUUCUGUAGCAUGCUCUCAUGCUGCCUGUUGUAAUUGGUGUGUACUUGUGAUGUUUUCAAUGUGUUUAAAGUAGUGAAGGGGACUCUAGACCUCCUAGGCCCAAUUGGCCCCUUUUUUCCUUCUAAAUUUUAUUAUAAAUACAGUAGUCCAUUCCUUUCUCGGAAUGCAGUAGGCAUUUGGUUCACUGUUUGUCAGUACCUGGGACUUCUGAGCAUCAGAGUGAUGGAGGCUGGCAUUGAAGGGGUACCGGUAGAUGCCCAGAACCGCUUGGUGUUGGGGUUCUCAAGGGAUGUGCUGGUACUUAUGGCUGAUAGUUUCUGCUUUCAAGAAGCUAAGUAAGGAAGUAAGUGUUAUUUUAAAACUUUGUCUUAGUUUUUAUCUAAUCAAGUAUUCAUUGGAUGGCUCUUAGGUGCCAGUUAUAUAGAGUGUUCUGUUUACUCCAGAAUGAAGUACAACUAUUUUUAAAACCUGCUUUUAUGUAUGUCUAGGUUAGGUGACCCAAGCCUAGGGGAAGAAAUACGUUUUCUGGGUGUGAAAAGUGAACUUUAUGAUUUACUAUCAAUUAAGGUUUCAGUCUCUAGGCCGUUGAACAUGGCGGUGUUGAGAUCUGCCGGGCAGCAGCACCUGGCCUCUGUCUGAGCAGGGCCCACCGAGCGUGUGCCUGGCGGGCUGCAAGCCCACACCGGGGCGGGCGCACAGAUCUGGGCAGCCGUCUCUGUAGGAAGGACAGGCCUGCUCCUUGUCUAUGCUCAGUUGGGAUCGAUUUUAACUUGCCACUGUCAUGACUCGGCUGGGAUUCGACAGGCUGCACUGCGCUUUGUUCUUUCUGGUGCGUUCCCUGGGGUGCAAGCUGAUGAAUGCGUAUUGGUUACAGGGGAAGGGAGUCUAUUCUCUACCACGUAAAACAUCGAUUUGGGAAGUGCACAGAAUAAAAUUAGUUUGCACUCUGAAAAGUAUUUUCUCUUUUUAGCAUCCAUUAGACAGAUUUUCUCAGAAUGACGUUAACAAAAAUUCAUGGUCCAGGGGCAGUCCCUGCCAGGUGUGACGGUUGAGCAAGGCUCACCGUACCUGUAGCAGGUUGUUCUGGAAGGGACCUGCACAGCUGGUUUUUCCAGAGUUGCUUCUAUAGAUAAAAUCUGGCUUUUAAAAUAUUUUAGGAGUUUGGCUUACAGCUCCCACUUUCCUCCUAACGUAUAUGGCCUUCUUUUUCCUUUUUAAAAUUCUCUUCAGCUCCCUUGAAGCCGCAUAACAUAAACCACCUGUUUCUGAUUCAGGCACAUUUCAGACCGAAUUUCUUGUUGCUCUGAAUGCACUGGUCCUCUUAAUUACUGCAAAGGAGAAAUGAAAAGUAAUUUUUCCUCCUAGCUAAUUUAGCUUUGGGUGAACUAAAUCGCUUUCCUUCUUUUCCUCCCCAAAGGCCUUUGAAGCAGUAGUGUGUGCGGUAAAUACUGGAAUUGGUUUCCACUCUGCAGAAUGUUUGUGAGCUGCCAAAGACCCACUCUGGGGCCCUUGUCUCAAAUAUGCUCUCAGAGUAAAUUUGGCCAGAGGCACAGUCCCUUGAUUGCUCUAUUCAAGUGUUAGGAAGCCUAUGAUUUGCCUGCUUAAUACUGAUUUCCUUUAGUACCAAUUUCCUCCCACCUCCUUUUUUUCUGUUAGCAUAUGGGAGGUUGGUCCCAAGUUCAGCUAACUUUUAAUACCCUGAUGGGUUAAGGAAAAGAGUGAAAUUUCUCUAAUGCAGGGCCCAACAAACUUUUUCUAUAAAGGGCCAGACAAUAAAUACUGUCUACUUUGUGGGCCUCUUCUGUGGCCCUUCCUGUACGACUGGGCACGCCUGUGUUCCAUUACAGCUUGAUUUAUGAGAACCACCUGCAGGCUGGAUUUGGCCCUUGGGCCGUGCACGGUGUGCUGGCCCCUGCUCUGACGGAUGUGUCGGUGGCAGGGGCAAGGUUACCUUGCUGGAGGCGUGCAGACGAACCCGCUCACGUCAGGUGCGGCUAGUAGGUCCGCAGGCAAGUGCGCCAGAUUUCCCCAUGAGCUCCUCUCUGGGCAUAUUUCCUCAUGUGGCCAGUGGUAAAGUACUGUGUUUCCAGCACAUGGCAUGACUGUCGUUGUGUAAUUGAGCUGCCAGGCUCGGCACUCACUGCAUAUACCUCUCAUCGCAGUAGUCUGUGAUCGUGCUUGUAGUGUGUGGUGGGCUUGGCUGCCCAGGAUCCCCUUCAGGACCCAAGGACUUACUCUCCUGACUGCUGGCUCACAGUCUGCAGCUGUCCAUCCUCUGUGGGAGCUUCCCUUGCUGAAAAGUCCUGCCUCGGGCGAGGGUGUGGCCCGGCUCCCUUCCUGGAGCAAAGGCCCAUCCAGCACCAGAGCUGGGGGGCAGGUGCGCAGCUGGGGCCUCCUUGUGUCUGCACUGCCGCCCAGCUCCUGCCCCACCGGCCCGGCUUCCUUCCCUUUUCACCCCUGCUCCCCUUCCCAGGUGUUGAUCCCAAGAACAAUCCCCUGAGAACGUCCCGCAUGAGAACCUCCAUAUCUGUGUUUGCUUUCUGGGGAACCCGACCCACAACUGUGCUCUGUACUUUUCUAUACUGAGGCUUCAACUCCUAGGAAACCGUUUUCUAAUUAUUUAGUAGAAUGACAGAUCGUUUAACUUCAGACACAAUGAAUGCAAAUUAGGUAGACUUGCUAUUUAUUCUGAAUGUGAAUUUGCUAUUUAUUCUAAUUGUUGAUUUUAUGUCAUAUGACGUUGAACUUAUUGCCAAAUAAAAUUUUGAAUUGUCCAGUUUA